AAGACGAAAGAAGCUAAUCCCGACGUGGAAAAUCGUCGGUUUGCGACCUUUGUUCAGAAUGUUAACAAAAUUCGCCAACAUAACGAGCGUUACAGCCGCGGAAAAGAAAGUUUCAAAAUGGGCAUCAAUCAGUUCACUGAUAUGUUGCCAGAGGAGUUGAAAAAGCGCAAUGGUUUUCGGAACGACUUGAGGAAGAUGCCCGGAACCAAAAACAUUGUCAGAUUGAAAGUUAACGGGAAACUGCCAAAACGAGUCGACUGGCGUGAAGAAGGUUACGUCACACCAAUAAAGGAUCAAAGCUCCUGCGGAAGCUGCUGGGCAUUCAGUGCAGUCGGAGCACUGGAAGGGCAACAUUUCCGGAAAACAGGGGAACUGGUAUCGUUUUCCGAGCAAAAUCUUGUUGACUGUAGCACAGAGCAUGGCAACUGUGCGUGUGAUGGCGGUCUUUAUGAUCAGGUACCAAAUUCUGUUGCUUCCGCAUUAGACAGUGUUAGAACAGCUACCAUCACAGAUCGCUAA